CUUUGAUCUUGGGGCUGAGGGAGUUUGAAGCCCCUUAUAAAUACAGACAAGCUGGGAUGAGAGGGGCAGUUAAAACUCUCCCAGCACCAGGACGCACCAGCACACAUUCUCCUGCACUCUGGACUGAACUUUUAAAAACUGCUCUUACCAACAACAAAAAAAGGAUUUACUCUUUCUGGCUUCUUCUAGAAGAGAACUUCAGCACUCUGCAGCCAUGAGAGGACCGUUUUCUAUUGAGUGGAUGGCCCAGAGCAGCCAGCCUGCAGGUCCGGAGACCGCCUUGGCCUCUGGACCCGCUGCCUGUGGGACUCAUUCAGAGAGUCUGCCGGGUUUUUACUGCAGACAGAAGUCCGAAAAUGUACCCGGGCAGCAAGAAACCAGGAGCCAAGGCCUCAAUGCUUUCAGUCUGAACUCUCUGCAGCACCAAACCUCUCACAAUAAUCAAGUAUCUGAGGAAGGUUUCAGCAGCGGCACAGAGGAGGAGACCUCCGGCUACGAGAGUGAAGGGGGUCGCUCCCUCUCCCCCUCGGCCCCCACUGACUGCAUCUCCACCUCCACCUCACCGGCAUCCCCUCCCCUGGGGAGGAGACCUCGUACAGCCUUCACGGCGGAGCAGAUCAGCAGCCUGGAGAAGGCCUUCAAGAGGAAUGCUUAUCUGGGAACACAAGACAAGGCCGAGCUCUGCAAGAAGCUCAACCUGUCUGACAAACAGAUCAGAAAUUGGUUCCAGAACAGACGAAUGAAGCUGAAGAGGACGGUGCAGGACGCCCUGGCUCACGCCUGCCAGGCAAACGUUGCAUCUCAGUUCAUGCAUUAUCCCGAGCUGCAGGCCUACAGACCGGGGCCCUACCCCAGAUAUCACUCAGCGGCAGCACGGGACGACCCGGUCGCUGCCUCCUACAUCCAUCCACACAGCCUGCAGUACAGCUCCCCUCUGCCCAGCGUCCCUUCACUGCCCCUGGACUCUUUUUACCAGUACAGCCUCCCAGGAGUCAUGCUGCCCUCUGCCACAACUCAAUUAAUGGGGUCCUACUCGGCUUACCCUCAGUAUUACUGAUACUGUAUGAAGAUGUACUGUGAUCUUUUACUGUGAUAAUCUUUCAGACAAAAUGAGAUUGUAUUAUCUUUUUUUUUAUCUUAUCCUAAUAGGACCAAUGCUAAAGAAAUAUAAGG